AUGUCGGAGGCACUGUCAGAAAAGGUCGUUGAAGAGAUCUUUGAACUCAAGCAAGUGAAAAUUAUCGCAUCUACCGAGCUUCGUAGGACUUACCUGCAUGCCAUGGUGCAAUGUACUCCGUUCCCUGAGCCCUUCUCAUUCUAUCUUGAAGUGGUGGCUGCCCUGCGUGUACAUGCUGUGACCGGGCGCAGCUGGCACUGGGUAUUGCCAGUCUGGCUCCUUGGUAUAGUGCCCAUAGGCACUAACAUAUGGCGCAUGACCCAAGAGACAUUGGCUGUCGUUCCUCAACUUGGGUGUAUGAGCAGCGUGUCGAUCUCUGAAGCAAUAAAUAAUAUGUAUGUGGAUUGCAUUGACUUGGAUACUCGUGCAUCUGUGGUUGUCUCGGACAUCCUCGUAGUUUCAGCGACCUGGUACUACAUUAGCCAUAUAAAUUCUGUGAGAACACAGCUGGUACGUGAUAUGUGGGCUUCCAGGCCCAAUCUCACGACUGUCAUGUUCCGGGAUGGUAAGUACCAAAUCAUCUCGCUGCUCAAUGUUGUUGACCUUGUCUUGACCACUAUCACUAUCGGCGGUGUGCGUUCUUUCUACAUGACGGAUAUUACAAGUUUAAUUACAGUGAUGUCGAGCAUCUUAAUCUGCCGCUUCCUCAUCUGCAUCCGCGAGGCUGCCGAGCGCUCAACACAGGCACUCGGCUCACAAUCUCUAUCCUUCGUCGAUUCGCAAGGCAGCCCUUCCCCACAACCCUGGCUCUCUAGUGUAGAGUUUGCUUCAGACAUCGCCAACCACUCUGCAGAGGAUGGUCUUGCGGAUGCUUUCCCCGAUCUCGAUGACAACGGCGACCACUUGGACUCAGGAGCCGGAGAAGACGCGCGGAUACCCGAAGAUGAGAAUGGGAUUGAAAUGGACAAGUACGCGUCAGGUGGACAGCAAUCUCCUCUAGCGUGA